AUGAACACGACCAAGAAGCAACCCGGUGCCCCUGCCGUGGGAGAGCAGCACGACCGAAAAGACGACGACGGGUACGACAAUGACCUAGAAGCCGGACGAACCGAUAGGGAAGAAGGGGACCACCGCUCAACAACCCUCACGGUCUCAGAAGACUCAGACGACGACUCCUCCCCCUCCUCCUCGCCGUCCUCCUCCCGCCGGCACAGCGCCACCAGCACAGGCGGCCCGGCCCAGCGGACGGCCAGCCCGCCAGCCCCGAUGGUGCGGAUCUCGACCAACGUCUCGCUCGGGCCGGACAACCCCGUGGAGCACUACACGUCGUACAUCGAGGUGCCGGACUCGGUGUACGACCGGCUCCCGCAGCACCGCAAGCUGGUCAUCGUCGCCCUGCUGUCCUUCUGCUCGUUCCUGGCCCCCAUCUCGUCCACCACCGUGCUCUCGGCCGUGCCCGAGGUCGCUGCCACGUUCCACACCACGGGGUCCAUCAUCAACCUGUCUAACGCCAUGUACAUGCUGUUUAUGGGCCUCUCGCCCAUCGUGUGGGGGCCAUUCAGCGAGGUCUGGGGGAGGAAGAUUGUGAGUUGGGCCGUCUUGUUUUCCCCAUCUGCGAAUCAUGAUUGUUUUGGGUGGAUGGUCGUGGUUCUUGCUGUGGCAGGAGCAGCUUGGAGACUGAGUAUCGCAGCGCUGACCUUUGUUUGGGUGGACGUCCAGAUCACUUGCACGACGGCAGUGCUCUUCUUUGGCUGCAGCAUCGGAACUGCACUGGCGCCCAAUCUGGCUGCGUUCUUCGUUUUCCGCAUCUUGACAGCCUUUGAGGGAACGGCAUUCCUGCUCGUUGGGUCGGCAUGUCUACAGGACAUCUUCCGCCCCACUGAACGAGCGACGGCGAUGGGGUGGUUCCUUAGCGGGACGCUGAUUGGGCCAGCCAUCGGCCCCUUUGUGGGCGGUAUCAUCGUCACUUACACCGACUGGACCGUCAUCUUCUGGGUGCAGGCCGGGCUCGCCGGCCUGGCGGCGCUGGGGGCGAUCUUCCUGCUGCCCGAGACGAUCCACCACAAGAAGAUUGACGAUCUAGAGGGCUUAAGCAACAUGAAGAAGGUCACGGUGCUUGCGAACAUGAUCAACCCCUGGAGGCCGCUCAAGCUCUUCCUAUUGUAUCCGAACCUAAUCCUGUGCGGUGUUGCUUCCUCUUCCCUCGUCUGGAACAUGUACUCUCUUCUCACACCCAUCCGCUACGUCCUCAACCCGCGCUUCGGCCUGACAUCGCCCAUGCAGUCCGGCCUGUUCUACCUGGCCCCGGGGGCGGGCUACCUGACAGGGACCUUCUUCGGCGGGCGGUACGCGGACCACGUGGUCAAGAAGUACGAGCGCAAGGAGGGCACGCGGGUGCCCGAGGACCGGAUGCGGUCGGCGCUGCCCUUCAUGGGCGUCGUGAUCCCCGGCUGCGUGCUCAUCUACGGGUGGAGCGUGGAGAAGGAGGUGGGCGGGAUCCCGCUGGCCGUCAUCGUGCUGUUCCUGCAGGGCGUCGCGCAGCUCUUCUGCUUCCCCUCCCUCAACACCUACUGCCUGGACGUCAUGCCGGGCCAGGGCAGCGACGUCAUCUCGGGCAACUACGUCGUGCGCUACCUGUUCGCGUGCCUUGGCACCGGCGUCGUGCUCCCCGCCGUGCAGCAUAUAGGCGUCGGCUUGUUCAGCACCAUCAGUGCUAUCUUCCUGGUCUGCAGCGCUCUGGGCAUCUGGGCCACGGUCACGUGGGGCCGCGGGUGGAGGGAGAAGGCUGACCGGAAGAGGAGGGCGAAGAAGUUCGCGCGGGCGGAGAGGGAGAAGGGGGACGCCAGGGAGGCUAGGCACGUCGAGGGUCGUGCCAGGAGGUCCUCAAGUUCUGCGGGCCGUGGGCGUGAACGUGCGAGGGAGCACGUGGAUCCUGAGAAGGGGCAGGUGCCGGCGCCGGCGGGCGUGGGCGUCUUGACUCCUAGGGAUGACACCUCGGCACGGCCGUCAUGA